AACGGUCGCCAGCUGAUUGGGGCGAGGUUACGUUGCUAGGUCUUGGCCGCCCGGGGCCCGCGUAAAAAUGAGAACGCAGAGGACGCACGGUCGCUGGAGGCGUAGGUAACGAAACUAGAGUGCAGUGGGGCCGCGGCGGGGCUUCUUCCGGGACCCUUGGUGCCGAAUGGAAAGGACCGAGACCAUGAGGUUCCGCAUCUACAAGCGGAAGGUGCUGAUCCUGACCUUCGUGGUGGCCGCUUGCGGCUUCGUUCUGUGGAGCAGCAAUGGGCGACAAAGGAAGAACGAGGCCCUCGCCCCGCCGCUGCUGCAGGACGCCGAGCCCGCACGGGGUGCGGGCAGCCGAGGUGGGGACCACCCCGCUGUGUCUGUGGGUAUCCGCAGGGUCUCUAACGAUUCGGCGGCCCCGCUGGUUCCGGCGGCCCCACAGCCAGAGGCGGACAACCUGACGCUGCGGUACCGGUCUCUGGUGUAUCAGCUGAACUUUGACCAGACCCUGAGGAAUGUAGAUAAGGCCGGCGCUUGGGCUCCCGGGGAGCUGGUGCUGGUGGUGCAGGUGCAUAACCGGCCCGAAUACCUCAGACUGCUGCUGGACUCUCUUCGGAAAGCCCAGGGCAUUGACAACGUCCUCGUCAUCUUUAGCCAUGACUUUUGGUCAACAGAGAUCAAUCAGAUAAUUGCUGGAGUGGAUUUCUGUCCAGUUCUGCAAGUGUUCUUUCCUUUCAGCAUUCAGUUGUACCCCAACGAGUUUCCAGGCAGUGACCCCAGAGAUUGCCCUAGAGACCUGGAGAAAAAUGCAGCUUUGAAGUUGGGGUGCAUUAAUGCCGAGUAUCCGGACUCCUUCGGCCAUUAUAGAGAGGCCAAGUUCUCCCAAACCAAACACCACUGGUGGUGGAAGCUGCAUUUUGUGUGGGAAAGGGUCAAAGUUCUUCGAGAUUACACUGGCCUUAUACUUUUUCUAGAGGAGGAUCACUACUUAGCUCCAGACUUUUACCAUGUCUUCAAAAAGAUGUGGAAACUGAAGCAGCAAGAGUGUCCUGAGUGUGAUGUUCUCUCCCUCGGGACCUAUACUGCCAGUCGCAGUUUUUAUGGCAUCGCUGAUAAAGUCGAUGUGAAAACUUGGAAAUCCACAGAGCACAAUAUGGGUCUAGCCUUGACCCGGGAUGCAUACCAGAAACUGAUAGAGUGCACAGACACUUUCUGUACUUAUGAUGAUUAUAACUGGGACUGGACUCUUCAAUACUUAACUGUAUUUUGUCUUCCAAAAUUCUGGAAAGUGCUGGUUCCUCAAGUUCCUAGGAUUUUUCAUGCUGGAGACUGUGGUAUGCACCACAAGAAAACCUGUAGGCCAGCCAGCCAGAGUGCCCAAAUUGAGUCACUCUUAAAUAAUAACAAACAGUACUUGUUUCCAGAAACUCUAGUUAUCAGUGAGAAGUUGACUAUGGUAUCCUUUUCCCCACCUAGGAAAAAUGGAGGGUGGGGUGAUAUUAGGGACCAUGAACUCUGUAAAAGUUAUAGAAGAUUGCAGUGAAAAAUGAGUUACAAAAACAAAAGUAACAGUCUUCUGUUUUUGAUAUUUGUCCAAACAGGAUAUAUAGUUGAAUAAAAAGUUUUAGGAACUGGUUUCUGCUUUAAUACACACACAAAAAAAACACCUCUUGUAAAAGGUGUCCAAAUACUGUUAUUAUUUCUAGUUAUAUCUGAUUACAAUUUAAAACUGAAGUUUUCAUGUCAGGGUUGUUUUAAAGCUCAACCCCCUCUACUAAAGUUAAUCGUUAUUGUUAAUUGAG